UACUUCCCCCUCACAAAUCAUCUCCACCACCUCCUCCAUGGAAGAAUCAUCUCCUACACUCAAAACCUAUAAAAUAACAGCUUCUUCCAUUUCUUACACCAAGCCCUCCACAAUCACCACCACCACCAUUGCAGCCAGCUUCCUCUUCAAACCCUGCACUGCACCACCACCCAACUACAUCCUCCGGGACGUUUCUCUCACCGCCUCUCCCUCCCAAAUCCUAGCCAUUGUCGGACCUAGUGGCGCCGGAAAAUCCACACUUCUCGACAUUUUAGCAGCUCGGACAUCACCAACAAGUGGCACAAUUCUUCUUAAUUCUUCACCUAUCAACCCUUCUUCAUUCCGCAAAAUCUCAGCUUAUGUUCCUCAACAUGAUCAUUGUCUUCCUCAGCUCACUGUGUCUGAAACUUUUGCCUUCACUGCUGGGCUUCUCCACCCCAAAACCUCCGACAUCGCAGCCAUUGUCGCUGCUCUUCUUGCUGAGCUCAGGCUUACACACUUAGCCCACACCCGGCUGGCUCAUGGCCUGUCCGGUGGUGAGCGACGACGAGUCUCAAUUGGCCUUAGUCUCCUCCAUGACCCUGCUGUGUUACUUCUUGAUGAACCCACUUCAGGCCUUGAUAGUUAUUCAGCUUUCAAUGUAAUGCAGACCCUCCGAUCAAUCACUAAAACUCAUCACCGUACUGUAAUCUUAUCCAUCCAUCAACCCAGCUUCAAGAUCCUUUCCACCAUUGAUAGAAUUCUCUUGCUGUCCAAAGGAACUGUUGUGCACCAUGGUUCUCUUUCCUCUCUUCAAGCUUUCUUACUCUCUAAUGGCUUCACAGUCCCUCAACAGCUCAAUUCACUAGAGUAUGCCAUGGAAAUACUAAGCCAGCUCCAUGAGAGUAAUCCCAUUACACCACCCUCACUUCCUCCAUCACCCAACGAUACCAUUCUCCCUCCUCCUGAAAAUAAGACAGUAGAAGUCAGAUACAAGAGCACAAGGAUUCAUGAGAUUAUCAAUCUUUAUAACAGGUUUUGGAAGAUCAUCUACAGGACAAAACAGCUGCUAUUGACAAACACAUUACAAGCUCUUGGAGUUGGUCUUGUUUUGGGAACUAUCUACAUUAAUAUCGGAUUCGACAAGACGGGGAUGGAGAAGAGACUAGGCCUCUUUGCCUUCACUCUCACCUUUCUUCUCUCCUCCACAACUGAAACUCUCCCAAUCUUCAUCAACGAGAGGCCGAUUCUGCUAAGAGAAACUUCAAGUGGGGUUUACAGGUUAUCGUCAUAUCUCAUAGCGAACACACUGGUCUUUUUGCCUUACUUGCUCGCCAUUGCAAUUGUCUACUCAGUCUCGGUCUAUUUCUUAGUGGGUCUAUGCGCUACAUGGCAAGCUUUUGCCUACUUUGUUUUGGUCAUAUGGGUUAUAGUUUUAAUGGCCAAUUCGUUUGUUCUCUUCUUAAGCUCCGUGGCUCCCAACUACAUCGCCGGAACUUCACUGGUAACGAUACUUCUAGCCGGAUUCUUCCUCUUCUCCGGCUACUUCCUAUCAAAGGACAGUAUGCCCAAAUACUGGGUAUUCGUGCACUACUUUUCAAUGUACAAGUAUGCUCUUGAUGCCCUGCUCAUUAAUGAGUAUUCUUGCCUUUUAUCAAGGUGUUUGAUAUGGUAUGAUGACAACCAGACCUGCAUGGUCACUGGACGUGAUGUGCUGCAAAAGAGAGGACUCCAUGAGAGGCAGAGAUGGGCAAACAUCUAUAUCUUGAUCGGAUUCUUUGUGAUCUAUCGUGUGCUGUGUUUGAUAGUUCUGAUCCGAAGGAUUUCAAGAUCGAAGAAAUGAGAAUUUUCCGGCAACUAUGGAUUCAACAUCCUCUCUACUGGUUUGUUUCUUAUGUUUGUGAUCAAAAAGUGAAGCUCAUGCAUGUAAUGUCUACUUCUUUUUAAUUGUUCAAAUUAUUAAAAACAAUAAAUUGAGUAAUUGUGUAUGAAAACGUG